UGCAGUGGCGUUCAUAAGACAUCAAGGAGGCACAAAAAACCUAGCUCUGCAAGCGAUUUCCUCAAGAACAUUUGUCUGGGCAGAAAAAAAACCUAUCCUCUAUCACUGCAGUUCAUCUGAAAGGCUCUUGCAAUCUAGUAGCAGAUUUUCUGAGUCGGAGAGUUCUGGACCCAGGGCAAUGGUCUCUCAAUCCUCUUGUCUUCCAGUUACUAAUAAACAGAUGGGGGAUGAUUUGUACAGAUCUUUUUGCUUCCCGAACAAAUGAAAGGUAGAGAGAUUCUUCUCCCUGGACCCGGGAGAUCGCCCGGAAGCAGUGGAUGCAUUAGCUCAACCUUGGAACUUUCCACUAGCAUAUGCCUUCCCUCCAAUCCCUCUUAUUGCAAGAACUCCAGCAAAGAUCAGGGACAGCAAUCAGUAAUAUUUGUAGCCCCCUUUUGGCCAAUGAGGGGUUGGUUUUGUCUCCUGAAGAGCCUUGCAAGAGAUGACCCAUUUCAUCUUCCAUUGAGGGACGAUUAUCUUCUCCAGGGCCCAGUAUGUCAUCAAGGCAUCCAAAAUUUACAGCUCACGGCAUGGAUCCUGAGGAGCUUCUCUUAGAACAAAGGCGACUAUCUAAGAAGGAAGGAUUUGAGAAGGGCCUUUCGGUAAGUACCCUUAAGGUCCAGGGGACAGCCUUGGGUGCAGUGAUUGAUCAACAAAUUGUGGAUCACCGUUGGAUAAAGCGGUUUUUCAGGGCGCUAUCUACAAUCAAACCUAAAAUUCCAGUUCUCACUCCAUCAUGGAAUCUAAAUUGGAUACUGUCAGCAUUAACUAGCUCUCUAUUUCAACCUCUGGAUGAAGUUUCUCUAAAAUAUCUGACUUUCAAAACCACCUUCUUAAUUGCAAUUACUACAGCUCGUAGAGUGGGAGAAAUUCAGGCUCUGUCCAUAAAGGAACCUGAUGACAGAGUGACUCUGAGGUUAGACCCUGCUUUUUUGCCAAAGGUAGUUUCCACAGGACCCAGGAAAUUGUACUUCCAUCUUUUUGUCACUACCCUAAAAAUGAGCAAGAAAAGACAUAAUAAUACCUUGGAUGUCAGGAGAUGUCUUCUUAAAUAUCUGGAAGUAUCCAACCCUUGGAGGAAGGAUGACAAUUUGCUUCUACAAUUUCAGGGUCUAAACAAGGUCAAAAAAGCCUCCAAGAGCUCCAUUGCUAGAUGGCUUAAAUUAGUUAUCUCGGAAGCUUAUUCUUCAAGAGGGAAACAAGUCCCAAAAGGAUUAAAGGCCCAUUCUACUAGGGCCAUGUCUGCUUCUUGGGCAGAAAGAUCUGCUGCCUCCAUUGACUAGAUUUGCAAGGCUGCCACCUGGUGCAGCUCUCAUACAUUUUUCAGACAUUAUAGAGUUGACUUAUCAGAUUCUCAAGCCCUUUCCUUUGGUAGAAAGGUGUUACUAUUGUCCCUCCCUAUUUAUUUAUUUGGUAUUUCUCUGGUGGACUGUCAUGGUAAACGAUUAAUAAAGAGAAUUAUGACUUGCCGAUAAUUCAGUUUUUUUUGAGUCCACCAUGACAGCCCCUUAAUUUCCUCCCUUAUAUUUUAUUAUAUUAUGUUGUGUAUUCUUUUGCAUAUCCUGUCCCUAUGGGUAAUUUGAAAUACACUAAGGAGGAGUGGGAGGAAAGGGGCUUUUAACCUCUCUGUUUCCUGUUCCUAUUAGGUCCUAGGGGACCAUCUCUCCGAUGGCUGUCAUGGUGUACUCAAAAAAAAACAAAUUAUCAGUAAGUCAUAAUUCUGACUUUUUGGCCAGUAUUGAUAAAUGGUGGUAAAUGCGCAACAUCAGGUAGGGGAAUGCAUUCCACUUCUUUUAUAUUUGUUUCAUGGGGGUCAAGGCCAAAUCCUGCAGCGUGUCCUGAGCCGUAUUCAGCUGGGCAGGCUUCUUUAGAAUUUUCUCUGGGAUUAUAUCCUCUGUGCUGGAUCUGGGACCCCGGAACAGUGAGCGGAUUUAUGGAAUGGACAAGAGUCACAUGACAGGUUUAUAGAGCCGGAGGAACCUCGCUGUGAUGGUGAGAGGCCGUACAGAGCACCACAGCGACAUUACUGAGAAAAAGUGAUGAUCCUCUGUCAUAUUAAGAGAGGGGUCCACAGCCUUGGAAGGGUCUUCCCUCCAAUGGGAAAACAAUCAGCAUGAUCAUUCUUAACCCCUUAAGGACCCAGGGUUUUUUCGUUUUUGCAUUUUCAUUUUUUCCUCCUCUUUUAAAAAAUCAUAUCUUUUUGCACCUAAAAAUCCGUAUGAUGGCUUAUUUUUUGCGCCACCAAUGCUACUUUGUAAUGACGUCAGUCAUUUUACGCAAAAAUCUACGGCAAAACGGAAAAAAUCAGCAGGAUCAUUCUUAACCCCUUAAGGACGUAGCCCUUUUUCACCUUAAGGACUGAGCCCUUUUUCGCAAUUCUGACCACCGUCACUUUACGAAUUAACGCGAAAACGCUUUUACCAAAUAUUCUGAUUCUGAGACAGUUUUUUUGUGACAUAUUCUACUUUAUUUUGGUGGUAAAUUUUCAGCGUUAAUUGCAUCCUUUUUUGAUGAA